AUGUUACCCACCGCGUUUUACUCCAAGCUCGAAGCUGCGGUUGCGUCUUCAAUCAAGGCUGAGAGGAAAAAAGAUCCAGAGAGCGGUUUGAGUUUGUGUUACAACGCAAAUGCGGAUGUAAAAGAUCCAAACAUUACUAUUCAUUUUGAUGGUGCAGAUGUGAAGCUGAACAUUUUCAAUUCCUUUGUACAAGUUUCAAAGGAUUUGGUUUGUUUUGCCUUCCUUGAGACGGAGGGGGACGCCAUUUACGGCAAUUUGUCACAGAUGGACUUUCUUGUUGGAUACGACACCGUUUCUAAAAUGCUGUCAUUCAAACCAGCGGAUUGUGCAAAGAUGUAG